CGGCCUCCGCGGGUGUGGAUGGCGGGUGAGGAAGAACCAGGGUGUCUGCAUCUCUCGGCGAGUCUCGCGAGGCGGCGCAAGCGGGAUUUGGAGGUGGCUGAGGCUGCUGCCUGCUUGCCUCCCUCCCACCCUCCUAACGAAGAACUGGUGGUGUUUGUGUGGAAGGGGGAGGAGGCGACGGCGGAAGAGAAGGAAGGGAAGCCAGAGAAGCCUGAGUCCCACCUACGUCGGGCAGAGGAGCGGACCCGAGGGCCUGUGCUAGGCUUAGGCCCGCCGCCGCCGCCACUGGCGGCUCAGCCACCAUGGCCUCAGGAGAUACCCUGUAUAUUGCCACAGACGGCUCGGAAAUGCCCGCCGAGAUCGUGGAACUGCACGAGAUCGAGGUCGAGACCAUCCCAGUGGAGACUAUUGAGACCACUGUGGUGGGCGGCGAGGAGGACGAGGACGACGACGAGGACGAUGAGUGUUGCGAGGACUGCGGCCCUCAUCACCCGCCCCACCGCCGUCACCACCACCACCACCAUCACCAUCACCACCACCCGCCCAUGAUCGCCUUGCAGCCGCUGGUCACCGACGGCGACCCGAGUGGCGGCGGAGUUGGGGCCGGCGGGGGCCAGCUCCACCUGCACCACCACCCGCACCAUCAGGAGGUGAUCCUAGUGCAGACUCGCGAGGAGGUGGUAGGAGGCGACGAUUCGGACGGUUUGCGGGCCGAUGACGGCUUCGAGGACCAGAUUCUCAUUCCAGUGCCGGCUCCGGCCGGCGAGGAUGAGUACAUCGAGCAAACUCUGGUCACCGUCGCGGCCGCGGGCAGUAAAGGCGGCUCGGGCGGAGGUUCCUCCUCUGGCGGUGGCCGGGUGAAGAAAGGCGGCGGGAGCGGCAAGAAGAGCAGUAAGAAGAGUUAUUUGACGGGAGGCGGCGGCGGAGCCGAAGGGGGCGGCGGCGCCAGGAAAUGGGAACAGAAGCAGGUGCAGAUCAAGACCCUGGAGGGGGAGUUUUCGGUCACCAUGUGGGCCUCGGAUGACAAAAAAGACAUUGACCAUGAGACUGUGGUGGAAGAACAGAUCAUUGGCGAGAACUCCCCUCCUGACUACUCUGAAUACAUGACGGGAAAGAAGCUACCACCUGGAGGAAUACCUGGGAUUGACCUUUCUGAUCCUAAACAAUUGGCUGAAUUUGCAAGAAUGAAGCCAAGAAAAAUCAAAGAAGAUGAUGCACCAAGAACGAUAGCAUGUCCUCAUAAAGGCUGCACAAAGAUGUUCAGGGAUAAUUCGGCCAUGAGAAAGCAUCUACACACUCAUGGGCCUCGGGUACACGUCUGUGCAGAAUGUGGAAAGGCCUUUGUUGAGAGCUCAAAGCUAAAGAGGCAUCAAUUAGUUCAUACUGGAGAAAAACCCUUUCAGUGCACAUUUGAAGGCUGUGGCAAACGCUUUUCACUGGACUUCAAUUUACGCACACAUGUGCGAAUUCAUACUGGAGAUAGGCCCUAUGUGUGCCCUUUUGAUGGCUGUAAUAAGAAGUUUGCUCAGUCAACUAAUCUGAAAUCUCAUAUCUUAACACAUGCUAAGGCCAAAAACAACCAGUGAAACUGCAAGAACAAAGCUCUUGAACUCAAAACAUCUUUUACCUUACAGGAGAAUGGUUGAAAAUAAAUAAGCUUCCCCCUUUGUAUAUUGUUUCUAGGAAAGAAUUUUAAAAAACACACA